AUGGUUACAGAAAACAAACUGAGGAUAGAGGUUGGCUCUGAAGCCAAUCGAUCGAGGAAGAAGCGUGGAGCCAAAGAGGUAGAAGAGGUUAAUGUUGAUCAGACAAAUACGAAGAAGAAGCAAAAGCUGGAUCGUGAGUUGUCCUUGCGUAGUCGGUGUCAUAAGGUACUAAAAUCGUUGAAAGAGGAAUGGUUUGGUUGGCGUUUUGAGAACCUCGUCACGGACAAUCCUGAUUAUUUCUCUGCUAUAUCAAAGCCAAUGGAUUUCGUCACAAUCAAAUCUAAACUCGACAAGAAUCUCUACGUAAAUACCGUACGAGAGUUUCCGGAAGAUGUUCGCUUAGUCUUCGCCAACGCGGUUCGCUAUUAUCCUCCUGAGAAUAUGCUUCACAAGAACGCUAAGAGGCUUAAGAAGGUUUUCGAGAUCAGAUGGGAAUCCGUAAAGAAGAAGUUAGCUUCUGAAGUUUCCAGGAUUGAACAAAAGGAUAAUCCUGAGAGCAAAUCAGAUCAAGGUUCAAAAGGGUUUGCUAUGAAAAUGCCUUUAUCUCCUAAGAAAGCUCUCCGUGCGGCAACAAUCAGGAUUCGAUUUUCAGAUGCUAUCGUGAAAGCCAGAUAUAGAAAGCUCAUUGACGAGAGUAGUAACAAGGCUGAUGUGAUGAUGAGAAUGAAGAAAGAAAAGCAACUUUUAGAAACAAGGGAACGUCAAGUGAAAGCUACAGUUGAAGCUGAGACUAGAGCCGCCAGGUUGAAAGCCGUACGCGAGGAACGGCUUGCACGAGAGAAGUUGGAAGAAGAAGCCAAAUCCAAUUUCGAAGAUCACUUGGAAACUGAGAAGGAGAUAGUGAAACUCUGUGGUGGAUCCUAUUUAGCAAGAACUCGGUGUCUUAAAGAUCUUGGUCUGGUUUUAAGAAUUGAUUAUUGGCCGGAACUGGAAGAGAUUAAGGAGGAAGGAGAGAUCUAG